UUAUGAUAAAGUAAGGCAUUUCCGGAACGCCUCUGAUCGAAUAUAUGACCAUGUGUUAUCGUCUGCGAUGAAAAGAUAGUUUUGUUAUUAAACAAAUUAAGAAAUUUUUUAAGUUUUGGUCACAAUGUCGGAAAGGGAGCCCAGGAAAAGGAAGAAGAGGCGAGAAGGCCAGAAAAAAGAAGAUCUGAAUGCCGAAGAUGUAUUUUUUCCAACUAAAAAACAAGAAGAAUGGCAGAAAGAUUCAGAACCAGAACAAGAAGAAGAAACUGUACCACAUGAACCUAGUGUGAUUGCAAAAGUUAUCUUCUUUUUAAUAUUUUCCUUACUUAUAGUUGCUACUGGUGCUGUUUUUAUUGCUCUUAGAAAUGCUGAUAGGUCUAUUGGUAUAAUAUCUGAUUCAGACACUAGUCAUAGUGAAUUACAUACUGAAGAACUGCCAAUUUCUUUUAUUGAAGAUUUGAAGGCAGAAGAAGUUAAAGAAGGAUCAGAGGCAGAAUUAUGGAUAGAAGAAACUUUACCCAAUUUAGAAAUUUUACAAGAAGAAGAGAUGCCAUCAUAUCAAGAUAGUCAACCUCCCACAGAUGCUUUUGCUGAAAUUAUACAUGAAGAAAAGGAACCAGAAGAACCUGAAGUUAGUCCCCAGAUAGAAAUAAGUGAAAAGGAAUCUAUAGAUUUUUCUUUUGAAGAUAGUGAUCAAAUUUAUUUUGAAACAACUGAAGAAUCAUCUCUACCUAUUGUAGAAGAAACACUUGAUAUUGAUAGAGUUGAUUCAUUUGAAGAUGCAGAAGAGACUGAAGAAAUAUUUACACAUGUUCCUACUGAACAUUAUGAAGAAUCGACAGAAUCUGAACCUUUUUUUGUAGAAACUGAAGACAAAGACACAGAGCCAAUAACUGUUAGCAAAGAGGAUACUACUGAAAGUCUUUCAUCUCCUGUUGAAGAGGCUGUUACAGAAGAAUCUACUGAACAGUAUCAGUCUGAAAUACCUACAGAAUAUGAAGUAUAUGAAUUUCCAUCUUCUGCAGAACCUUUGCAUGAGAAGGCAGAUAUACCAAAUGAAAAUGAUUUUCAGUUUGGUGAUGAUAUAGAUAAAAUUGAAAGGAUAGUAGAUAAGGAACCAGAGGAAGAUGAUAUCUAUUUUUGUCAAACAUCCACAUUUCCCUUUGUGUCCUGCAAGUCCCCCGAAGAAGCCAUGCAUCUGUUUGAAGAAGCUGUAAAGAAAUUUCCAGACAAUCCCUAUGCUCGUUAUGGUAAAGCAAUGAGUCUGGACAAGAUGGCAGAAGAACGUCGUAGUAAUGCAUUGUUGGAACAAUCUAUAAAUGAAUAUGUAGGGAUUCUGAAUAUGCCAAAUGUAUCUGAUAAAGUAUUUGUGGCAGCUGGAAGUAAAGGAACAGAUCGAAUGAGAUUUAGAGGAUUCAUUGGCAAAGCUAUACAGGUACAAAUGACCUUAGCUGAUCGUUUUCCUGAAAAUGCUGAUAUUAUGAAUCAACUAGCAGUAAAUUAUUUAUUAAUUGGCAAAGGACAAAAUGCGAAGAAAGUAUUGAAAGAGGUUUUACAAAGGCAUCCUGAUAAUGGAUUUGCCAAAGUUCAUUAUGGAUUCAUAUUGAAGACAGAAGACAAUGACUAUCCAGCAGCAAUAAAAUACUUAUCUGAAGGAAUUGCCACUAGAGAAUCAGGGGUAAUAGAUGGAAGAUUUUUCUUUCAUCUUGGUGAUGCUCUUAACAGAAUAGGAAAACCAAAAGAAGCUAUGAAUGUAUAUGAACAAGGUGUUAAAGACGGCUUAUUCCUUUCUGUGUAUCAGAGAUCUCUCUACAAUGUAAAUGGCUUAACAGGAAAACCAUGGUGGGAUCCAAAGGAAACACCAUAUUAUUCAUCAAUUUUGACUUUACAAGAAAAAUGGGAAGUAAUUAGGAAUGAAGCUUUAGCAUUGAUGAACACCGCACAGUCUGGAUUUUUACCUGAAAGCGAAGGAUUACGUGAUACCGGAGAUUGGAAGCAGUUUGAAUUAUUUGCCAGAGGACACAAGACUAAAAAUUGCGAGAGAGCUCCUGUAACAUGUUCUUUAAUCGGAAAUAUUCCGGAUGCUGCUGGUUGCAGAAGAGGACAGGCUAAAUUUUCGGUUCUUCAGCCGGGUACUCACAUUUGGGCACAUACUGGUCCAACUAAUUGUCGUAUACGAGGACACUUAGGAUUAGUAGUACCCAAAGGAGUGAAAAUUAGAGUUGCAAAUGAUACCAGGGAAUGGAAAGAAGGCAAAAUGAUCAUCUUUGACGAUUCUUUCGAACAUGAAGUCUGGCACAAAGGGAAUAAAAUUCGUUUGGUUCUCAUCGUAGAUUUUUGGCAUCCGGAACUGAGUGCACGGCACAAGGCCACUCUGUCGGCAAUAUAGAGAAUAGAUAGUUCAACACGAUAAAUUAUGUAAGAGUAAAGUGUGAGAUUUCUUUUAAUUAAAUAAACUAGUAGAAUGGAAACUGCUACUAGUCACAGGAAAAUAAAUGCCAACUAUGUCUAUUUUUAUGCCUUAAAACUGUUGAUACAUCUGUAAACUAGUCACUAAAAUAAAUUCUUACUUGGUGCCUUA